CACCGUUGUUUAAAUUGUUAUUCAGAUAAUUUGAUUUAAUUGUAAGAUCAAAGCACUAGGAACGUCUAAGUACGUUUUGUUUUGUGGUUUAGUAAUCAUAUCGUAUACAUGUUUCUAUAAAGGGUUCAUCAUAGAACGUAUAUUUGUUGAAAAUGAUCGAGUAAUUUGACGAACAUAUAGCUCAUGAUUUUCUAGCAAAUCUUUGAUAGAACCUUACAUUUUACUUAAAAGGUUACGGAAAACUUAGUAACUACCUGAUAUUUCUAAAUUGAUCGCAUAAAUGAUAAAUGUGGGCAUCGAAGCGAGUAGAAAAUAUAGCUUUAAGUGAUCGCAUGAUAUAUCGUAUAAAGUAUCGCUUGUUAGAAGUAAUAUUCUGUCACGAUAUCAGAGGCAUUGACCUCACGUGUUAGAUCACUGAUUUAUUCUUUAUCUUGAUUAUGGCAACAGAACAAUUGGCUAUGUAUCGGCAGUAUGCUUCUUUUAUCAAACGCAUGGUCUUUUGUUCUGGUUUAUGGCCAGUAACAAAAACCGAGAGCUCAUAUUUCUAUCGACAUUUACCUAUUUUGACUAUAUUUUCUGGCACUUUUAUGUGCUACGGUGGUAUAACAUUUUGUAUUGAAAAUCUUGACAAUAUCAAAGUAUUUACCAAAGGACUCAGUCCUUUAGGAGGCUUUGCUUUAGUAGUUGUAAAGGUGAUGAUGUUUUUCUUAUAUAGAAAACAAUUACGCGAACUGAAUUAUAAUUUAGAAUCAAUGUUCGAGGAAAUCCUCGAGAAAAUCCAUUAUCGGCCAGUAGUAUUCUCCCUGUUAAAUUUAUUUCGACGUCCCGCAUACAUGAUUUAUUAUUUGAUGGUAUUCACAGUACUCUCGUAUAUAUGCAGAGCAUUUUUGUUGAUAAUUUAUCAAAUAAUAAAAAAUAUAGAUCCGAAAUAUUAUCCUCUUCCCUAUCCUGCUAUUUUUCCAUGGCUCGAUGGAAGUUUCAAUUUUAGAUAUCAAAUACAAUUUCUCUUUGAGCUUCAAUUUGGUUGGUUUAUGGUGUUUGUGACUAGUGGAGUUGAUACGGCCUAUGGAUUCUAUAUAUUUCAAAUGGUCGGAAUAUUACGUGCAAUGUCUUUGGAAUGUGAGAAAGUUGGAAAAUCAUCCGACGAGCUUGAUAUUAUUUUAUUACGUAAUUGUAUUAAAAAAGAAAUUUUACUGUUACGUUGUCGCGACAUAAUCCAAAACGUUUAUGGACCUGUGGUAUUAAAUUUGAUCGUCAGCAGUGUUAUUGUUUUAUGUGGGUUGAUAUUUCAGAUGUUUCAGGUACGACUAAAUAAUUUAUUCAUUUUGUUUUACAUCCUAUUAUUCAUUGAAAAGACAGAGAUAAGUAUAGAGAAAGUUGUUAUGGUCGUUCUUUAUGGGCUAUUAAAAAUGACCCAAGCUUUUAUAUAUUCUUGGUAUGGGAAUAUCUUAGCAGUUGAGAGUGAAACAUUCCGGCGUAAUGUUUAUUGUUGCGGAUGGUACGAAGACGGUAACAUCAAACUAAUGAAAGAUGUACUUUUUAUAUUAACACAAAAACCAAUUGUAUUAACAGCCUGCCAUUUCUUUCACAUCUCAUUGGAUCUUUUCGUCAAGAUAUUAAAUACAUCUUUGUCAUAUUACUUUUUGUUGCAAACCAUCGAUGAAACUUAUAAUUAA